GAAAAUUAUUUUUGCAUGCAAGACAGAAAAGAUUAUGAAUGUAAAAUUUUUGUGUGAAAAAAAUCGAGAGCGUUUAGGAAUGAGAUAAGAGGAAAUGUAUGUUAUAAGAAUAAUUAAAUAAAUGUAGUUCCUCCCAUAUGGGAAGUAAGCAGGUGAUGGGUGCUGAUGGGUGUCCUUUGGUCGCUCAGUCUGGACACAUGAGACUUCAUGUUAUAAAAGAUGGAUUGCACAAGGGUAAUUCUUAACAAUAUAUGAGGUAACCAUAGAUGUCAUGUUGUAGAAUUACUAUGGUAGACGGUGAGUUAACUUGCCAUUUAUUUUCUAUAAUGAUGCUCAAAAAUUUUCAGGUGUUCUCUAAUAACUUUUUUAUAUUACUGCACAGGCGAAAAAGUCGUUCACCAACUCCAAAGCGCCGUAAAAGUCGCUCUAAGACACCAAAGCGGCACAAGAGACAAAGCAGGAGUAGCUCAUUAUCUCCUACACAAAGGUCUCGUAGUCCAAGUCUUGGGUCUGAGAGAAAAAUUGCUAUUGAAAAAUUGAAAAAAGAAGAAGAAAAGAAAAGGUGUCAGCAUGAGGCAGAGUUGAAAUUAUUAGAGGAAGAAACUGCAAAGAGAGUAGAGGAAGCAAUUCGAAAGAAAGUUGAGGAGACCUUGAACUCUGAGGCGAUCAAGCUGGAAAUACAAAGACAAAUAGAGGAAGGGCGGAAAAAACUCUUCGAUGAGGUUGCAUCUCAACUUGAAAAAGAAAAAGAAGCUGCUCUUACUGAGGCAAGGCAGAAAGAAGAACAAGCUCGAAAAGAGAGAGAAGAGCUGGAUAGGAUGCUAAAGGAGAACCAAAGGAGGGUUGAAGAGUCUCAAAGAAGAGAAGCUUUGGAGCAGCAGCGAAAAGAAGAGGAACGUUACCGGGAAUUAGAGCGGAUUCAAAGACAAAAAGAAGAGGCUAUGCGAAGGAAGAAAUUAGAAGAGGAGGAGGAACGAGCAAAUCAGAUGAAGCUGUUGGGUAAGAAUAAAUCUCGACCGAAACUGUCGUUCGAGAUUGGCCUAAAAUGAGAGUUUUAAGGGUUUAAGGGUUCAACUUUAUUCCCCUUUUGAAAAGCUGCAGUUAUAUAGUUGGUCAUAGAGUUUACGUUUGCAUUUGUAUUUCCAGGUUGUUGUUGUCAUAUCCUGUUAUACCCCACAAAAUGGCGAUCCUGAAUGCAUUUGGGACUGCCGUCUCUUGAAUGAUAAACAGUGAGGAAAUGUCAAUUCUAUGAACUGUUUGCUUCAAAG